AUGUCGAGGCCGCCGUCGCAGCAAUGGGGACAUCCCACGCCAGACAGGCCGUACCUCGACCCGGCCUCCCGUUCCCAUCCCAGCGGCCCGAUGCCCAUGCCCUAUCAGCCCUAUCCGCCUCAUGAGCCGCGACAUUUCGGACAACUCGCCUUCGAUCGUCCCGUGCUAGCCUCACCACCGGGCCCCAGGUUGCCAGCCCCGGGCCAGUUUGCCGACCCCGGCGCCGACCCCAGAUACCUACUCGCCUCCGACAAUGCCUACAUGGCUCGUCCUGCCAUGCCGCCCCAGUCGCUUCCGCUACGAUCCCACCACCGUGGUGGUGCCCCUGCUGAUCCGCGCACCUACUCUGGCCAGCUCGACGAUGGCUGGAGUUCGUUGUUCGGCCAUGGCCGCGGUUAUGAUGCCCCCCCAGGCCGGACGCACAGCAGCAGCUCGACGACAAUACCCAGCCCCGUCCACUCAGAAACCAGCGCCGCCGCCGCAGCAUAUGCGCGCAACCCAGCAGCACCCAGCACGCCGCAAGACCCCCCAACCCCGAAAACGCGCACCGCCAGCUCGCGUGUCCCGCACGGCUUCGACAAGCUCCUACACCACGACUCGGACUCACUCCCAGCGCUAUCACCCAGGCCACCACCGCGGCGCUCCGCCCCAGAAGACCGGUACCGACUCCACGUACGGCAGCAGCCCCUAGCGGCACGAGCCUGCGGCGCGGGAGACCGAGACCGGCGGCCCGUCGACCCACCGCCCAUCGUCCAGAUCCUGCUCGAGGACUUCGAUUCACACUCGCAGGACGACCACGACCUCCUCCAGAACCCGCGCCUGACCGUCGGCUGUCUCCUCUUCCCCGUCGAGGCGUCGUCGCCCUGGUCGCAGCCCUCGGACGCCGACCCGCGCGACCCAGACGACGCCUUCUCCACGCCCCUCUUGUCCGGCAAGGCGUUCAUGUCCCCGUUCUUCGUGGACGCAGAUCCGGACCCCAACUCGGCUCCUAUUCACCCCGUCUCGGGUGCCGAUGACCCUGCGAGUCCUGCGGGCCAGCCACCAUCCUACCCGCAUCCCAAGCGUGCGUCGCUUCUCCAUCAGCCUGCUACGUUCUUUAUCUUUGCGGAUCUGUCGAUUCGCUCGGCUGGGCUGUAUCGGCUACAGUUCCGGUUGAUGGACUGGGGCUCCGUCGAGGAUACGGGCCAUGAGAUGCCCAUUCUCUCGGAGGCUUGGUCUGAUCCCUUUCGCGUGUACCCGGCCAAAGAUUUCCCGGGCUUGCAGGAUUCUUCGAUUCUGGCUGAGGGGUUGAAGGAGCUGGGGUUUGUGGAGCUGAAGACGAGAGGGAAAGGGAAGGGCAAGGGUAGAAAGAGAUGGUGA